AUGAAGCUUCUGCUGCUGAGUAUGGGCUUGGCCCUGGUCUGUGGCCUCCAACCUGAGUGUAGCAGAUCAGAGGAAGACCUGUCAGAUGAAAAGGAACGAAAAUGGGAACAGCUUUCUAGACACUGGCACACUGUUGUAUUGGCCUCAAGUGACAGAUCUCUGAUUGAAGAGGAAGGUCCCUUUAGGAAUUUUAUCCAAAAUAUCACCGUAGAGAGUGGAAACUUGAAUGGAUUCUUUCUGACAAGGAAAAAUGGCCAGUGCAUUCCAUUAUAUCUUACUGCUUUCAAGACUGAGGAAGCACGUCAGUUUAAAUUGAACUAUUAUGGAACUAAUGAUGUCUACUAUGAAAGUUCUAAGCCAAAUGAAUAUGCCAAAUUCAUCUUCUAUAACUACCAUGAUGGGAAAGUGAACGUUGUGGCAAACCUCUUUGGCCGGACUCCAAAUCUAAGCAAUGAAAUCAAGAAAAGAUUUGAGGAAGAUUUUAUGAACAGAGGAUUUAGGAGGGAAAACAUUUUAGAUGUAUCUGAAGUUGAUCAUUGCUAG